AUGGCAGGAGGCCAUGUGGCCCUUUGGGCCAUUUCCACUGCUCACAGAGCAGCAGAAACAGCCCGAAGCGCCACAUGGCCUCCUGUAGUGAGUAGCAGAAGCGAUCUGAAGCGUUGCGCGAGCAGCACAAACAGCCCAAAGCGCUGUGUGAGCAGCAGAAGCAACCCAAAGCAUGCGAACAGCAAAAGCGUCCUGAAACGCUGUGCGGUGCGGCUCUUUGCCGCUAGCAGCAGAAGCGGCCCAAAGCACCAUGUGGCAUCCUGCUGCGAGUGGCGGCAAGCGACCGCAGAAGUCAAGCAGCAGCGAGACAGGUGUCAGGGUAUGGGAGGCCUGGCUGUGGUGGGCCUAUCGGUAAUAGCUCUAGCAGAUGCAGCUGAAGAAAACCAAGCCAUUAUGUUCCAGGCAUUCACAAAAUUAAAAAGUGCCACCCAGCUGGUAAUUCUGCUGAUUAGUCUAUGGCAAAAACUGAGUGUUGACCAAGUUGCUAUCCUGGAAGCUACAUUUCUGCCAUUAACACAGAAUACUCAAGAAUUGGGUUGGGAAGAAAGUGUGGAUGCUUCUAUCUCUCAUUUGUUAAAAACAUGUCUGUCCAAGAGUUCGAAAGACCAUGCUCUUACACUUUUUAAUCAAUUAUGUAUCCCCAAGGAUACUAGUAGAUUGAAGAAGCACAUAACUUUACUCUUCGAUAGACUGGCAAAAGGUGGUCGUAUGUCUCUAAACACAGACCUAGACUUUCACCAACCUAUGCUUUUGUCAGAUUUGCCAGAGGAUGAAUUACAGGAAGCAGAAAUACCAUGAAAAGUACAAAAAGACCUUCAGGAGGAUUUUAAAAAUCUGUGCAAUUACAAUCCAAAAGUAAUAUUUUAUUUUCAGUACUGAAUACAGAAAGCCUCAAGAAGCAGGCCCACUAUUAGAGAAAAAUACUUCCCUUUUUAGCUACUGAUUUUAGAGAUAUUUUCCCAAGGUGACAUUGUAGGUGGAAAAAUUCUGUAACUGAUAUGCAAUUAUAAACUCUAAAUAGAAAUCCAUGUUGAUCAAAACGUUUAAUAUAUUUAAAUAUUGACAUAUUGGACCAUGAAAGUAUCCUGCACUUUAAAGUUCCUUUUUCCUUACUCUCUUGUAACAUAAUAGUACAUUUUGAUAAAAAAAAUAAUAAUUCUGUCAUCUGAUGACGAUUAUGUUUACUAUUUCAAAUACACAAUAAUUCAUGAAAUUUAUUUGGAUUUCACUUCUGAUUCAUAAAUUUGAUGUUGAGUUGUACUGUGUAAGUUUAUAACAACUGCUUUGUUUUUGUGCAGAAAGGUCUGUGCAGUCUCAGUCCUUGGUCUAUUCUGGAUGUUUUAUUCACUU